CCAUCUAUUCAAGCGAUGAAUUCAAAAUGAGCCUAUCAAAGAGAGCCCUAAAGAGGCAAAAUCCAAUUAAAGAAGCUGAACAUUAUAUCCGGUUGGGAACAGAUAAGGAAGUCCUUACAUGGAGGUUUAUAGAUCAUAUAAAAGGUCGAGGAGUGUUUGCAAAAGGCCCUAUUGGAAAAGGCACAUUCCUAUUAGAAUACAGAGGGAAGCUUUUAAAAAGAGGAAUCUGUAGUAAAUUUGGAAGGACAAUAAAUGAAUACACUUAUAUAUUCACACACAAAGGAACAGACUUCUGCAUUGAUGCUUCAAGUGAAGAUGGCUCACUUGGAAGACUAGUCAAUGAUGACAGGAAACCUAACGCAAAAGUGAAGAAGAUUGAAGUGGAUUGUGUGCCCCACCUCUGCUUGUUUGGUGAUGAAAUAACAUACGAUUAUGGAGGUGUCGACAUGCCAUGGCGCUCUUCAAACAAAAGAAACUCGUCCAAGACACUUGGACCAGCCACAGUCAGGAAAAGCUCCAACUGUAGUGAAACCACUUCUGAAAAGACACUUGGACCAGCCACAGUCAGGAAAAGCUCCAACUGUAGUGAAACCACUUCUGAAAAGACACUUGGACCAGCCACAGUCAGGAAAAGCUCCGACUCUGCUGUAAUUACUUCUGAAAAGACACUUGGACCAGCCACAGUCAGGAAAAGCUCCGACUGUAGUGAAACAACUUCUGAAAAGACACUUGGACCAGCCACAGUCAGGAAAAGCUCCAACUCUGCUGUAAUUACUUCUGUAAAGACACUUGGACCAGCCACAGUCAGGAAAAGCUCCGACUGUAGUGAAACAACUUCUGAAAAGACACUUGGACCAGCCACAGUCAGGAAAAGCUCCAACUCUGCUGUAAUUACUUCUGUAAAGACACUUGGACCAGCCACAGUCAGGAAAAGCUCCGACUCUGCUGUAAUUACUUCUGAAAAGACACUUGGACCAGCCACAGUCAGGAAAAGCUCCAACUGUAGUGAAACCACUUCUGAAAAGACACUUGGACCAGCCACAGUCAGGAAAAGCUCCGACUGUAGUGAAACCACUUCUGAAAAGACACUUGGACCAGCCACAGUCAGGAAAAGCUCCGACUCUGCUGUAAUUACUUCUGAAAAGACACUUGGACCAGCCACAGUCAGGAAAAGCUCCGACUGUAGUGAAACCACUUCUGAAAAGACACUUGGACCAGCCACAGUCAGGAAGAGCUCCAACUGUAGUGAAACCACUUCUGAAAAGGUUUGUAUAGUUGCCAACAUGAUUUAG